AUAUAACGACUACAUAACAUCUGGUAACAACAUUUCAGGGCUCUGAACAUUCGAGUCCAUGACUGUUGUAAACUAUCCUUCACGAGUAUUUGGGACUACAAAAUGUACCGCUGGUUUUAGAAAGUGACGAAAAGGCCUCCGUUCAUCAAAUUAUUGCCAUACAAAUACCCACCGAUUCGUUUACUCGUCUCCUCAUUCGGGGUUCAACCCGAGUUGAAAUGAAGCGAACUCGGCGAUUCAAACGUGUUGCAAGCUCAAAACCCAAUAAACCCAUUUCAACAACAACCGAUUCAGGCCAUGAUUCUGACACUCUGACGAGUCGCCGCUCCAAAUCAAUGACCAUCAGGUCCAGUUCCCCCGAACCCAAAAUUAACUCGGUUCCCAACUCAGUUCCAUCGUUUGACAAAGUGACGAUUAUGCCACCUCAGUUCUUCCAGGUUGAUGCUCUUGAUCUUGCCCCUCGUUUACUUGGGAAGCUUCUGAGGAGAGACGACGUUGUUCUUCAGAUUACUGAGGUAGAAGCUUACAGGCCAAAUGAUUCAGCGUGUCAUGGUAGAUUUGGAGUUACAGCAAGAACAGCCCCAGUUUUUGGAAAAGGAGGACAUGCAUAUGUGUAUCUUUGCUAUGGUCUGCAUACAAUGCUCAAUGUUGUUGCUGAUAAGGAAGGAGUUGGGGCUGCUGUUUUAGUACGAUCCUGCGCUCCUGUGAGUGGGUUGAAGACCAUUCAGCAGCGUCGAGGACAAAUAACUGAGAAACCGGUUCUUCUCACUGGUCCUGGAAAGGUUGGUCAAGCUCUAGGAAUUUCCACAGAUUGGUCUAAUCAUCCGCUUUAUACACCUGAUAUCAAUGGAUUUUGCACAGGUGGUUUAGAACUCUUAGAUGGUCCAGAGCCUGAGAAGAUAUUGAUAGGCCCUCGCGUUGGCAUUGAGUAUGCCUUACCUGAGCAUGCUAAUGCCUUGUGGAGAUUUGCUGUUGCUGAUACGCCUUGGAUAAGUGCUCCUAAAAACACACUUAGGCCUCCAUGAUUUAGGAUUCUUGCAACAGGGAAUUCUAUGUAUAUGGAAAGAUUGGAGUGAAAAAAUCUUGAAUUAUUAUAGCAUUAAAAGAUCUUUUCCCUUUACUAAAAUAAUGCGAGCUUUAUGGACUUGCAAAUAGAGCUAUAUUGUUUUUGCAAA